UUUGUUGCCGCGUGCAUUUCGCACCCUUGCAAUCAAUCCUUUUUUUUUUUUUUUCAAAAGAUCGCCAGCCGAUACAAAGGAUCACGACGGGUGUGGAUCUGACAGCAGUACCAAUUAUUUCUGCGGGCACCUUUCUGUUAUGCAGUGUAAGCCCAAAAUAGAUAGAGAAUAUCCCUUAACUGACUCCCACCCUCGUCAAAUCUUCUCUCCUCGUCUACCUAAAAAGGUGGAUAGGGCUUGGACCACGCCCAGAGCGUUCUUCUCAUACAUUUGACUUUUAUCAUCACCAUGGCGUACAGCAACCCAACUAACCACGGCUACAUCAGGACUCAAGACACCGAACUAGAGCCUCUGAGAGCCAUCGAUCAGCGAGAAAACAUGUCUUCGCAAGGCUAUUAUCAGCCGCAACAACAGCCAUACUACGGCCCGCAGGCCGGGUAUGGCGCACCACCCCCUCAACCGUCGCAACCGCCGUACGGAUAUGCUCCUCAACACAACCAAGGCCCGCCGCCACCUCCACAAUACGUCCCGAAUUACAACGCGAACGAGAAGCAGGACUUUGCGCAAACCUUCAAGGUCGAAAAGCCCAAGUGGAAUGACCUAUGGGCAGGCAUCCUAUUCAUCAUUUUUGUCUUGGGCUUCGCCGCCAUCUCUGCCAUCUCGCUCCGGGGUUACGCCUCGUCGCGCGGCACUCAGGGAGGAGGCAUCUACGAUGGCAGGAACAACUUUUCACUGUCGACGAGCACAAUAAUCUUGUUCGCUAUUGUACUGGCAGUUGCGAUUGUACUCAGCUACGCAUACGUAUGGCUUGCGCGCUUGUUCCCCAAGCAAUUCAUAUGGGUCACGGGCAUCCUGAACAUUCUCAUGGGGUUCGCGACGGCAGCAUACUUCUUGUAUCGGAAGCAAUACGGAGCUGGUAUAGUCUUCCUCAUUUUCGUCAUUCUUCUGGUCGUUGCGUUCAUCACCUGGAUCCCGCGUAUCCCCUUCAGCGCCUUGAUGCUGCGGACGGCCGUGGAUAUUGCCAAAAACCACGGCCAUGUCUACCUCGUAAGCGCCCUGGGUGGUCUUCUUGGUGCAGCCUUUGGUGCGUGGUACUCGGUCACGCUGGUGGCCGUCUACGUGCGUUACCAGCCGGGCACGACAAACAGCCCCAACCCACAGUGCAGCGACGGUAGCUGUAGCCAAGGCCGUGUUAUUGGUUUUAUCGUUUUCUUGACUUUUACGGCAUACUGGGUGUCUGAAUGGAUCAAGAAUACCAUACACACGACAAUUGCCGGCGUCUAUGGUAGUUGGUACUUCUGCUCGCGCAACUACCCUCAGCGCGUUACCCGAGGAGCGCUGAAGCGAUCCUUGACGUACAGCUUUGGCAGUAUUAGCUUGGGCAGCUUGAUCGUGGCGAUUAUCAACUUCUUGCGCCAGCUUUGCUCUAUGGCCAAGUCGCAAGCAGCCGCAGAUGGUGACAUUAUCACGUGCCUCAUCUUCGCUUGUCUUGGCUGUAUCAUUUCCAUACUGCAGUGGGCGGUCGAGUUCGUCAACCGAUACGCCUUCUGCCAUAUCGCGCUGUAUGGAAAGAGCUACUUUGCUGCCGCAAAGGAUACCUGGAAGAUGAUCAAGGACCGCGGCAUCGAUGCCCUUAUCAACGAUUGCCUGAUUGGUCCGGUUCUGGGCAUGGGCGCCAUGAUGGUUGCCUUCGCGUGUGCCCUGCUUUCGUAUGUGUACCUGGUAAUAACCAACCCAGCGUACAACCGCGACGGCAGUUUCACUCCGGUGGUGGUUGCGUUCAGCUUCCUGAUCGGUCUCCAAAUCUGCAACGUUUUCACUACUCCCAUCAGCAGUGGUAUUGACACCAUCUUUGUUGCUACGGCCUGGGAUCCCGAGGUCCUCAUGCGCGACCAUCCAGAUCUCUACCAUCAGAUGGUGGCUGUCUACCCCGAGGUUCAGCAAGCAAUCCACGCUUAACGGUGUGUGUGUAGUAACUGCAAGGAAAGACAAGGGUGAGAUGAGUAGCCAGUAAUCUUUGCAGUCUUAGAAUGUGUUUGGAAGCAAAUAUGUGUUGCAGAGUGCCAAGUACAAGCGUGGCUGUUCACAUAGGCGGGAGGCACCAGUUUGGUAAUUGGAGGAAUUAAUGGUCUAUUUUCCCUACAUGUUUGUUUCUUUUUUCUUCAGUUUCUUGUGUUAUGGUAGAAGGGAUACCCCAGUACUGCAGAAAAAUAACUACCUAUCAAUUCGCA